AUGCGCGCGCUGUCCUCCUCGCCCGUCCUCACGUCCCGGGGUUCGCUCGCGAACGCGCGCGCCCUCGCGCGCGCCCCACGCGCGGCGUCCAACGCGUCGCGCGGUCGCGACCUCGCGGCGAUCACGCGCGCGGGCUGGUUCGAGAACGACAAGGACAAGGCUGGUCGAGACACGACCUGGGAGGCGCAGCAGGAGAUAUUGCGGAAGCGCCGACGCGGCGUGAACGUCGAGUCCGAGAUCUCGUCGCGGCGCAAGAAAGUCAGCGGGUUCCUCAAAGGGACGCUCUCGAAGGAGGAGACGGAGGCGAUCAACAAGAAGAACCGCGACAAGGCGAACGAGCUGUCGAAGGAGGCGUUCAAGGGGCAGAAGGGAUGGAUAUCCAUCCCCGGCAUGGCGAUCGGCAUGCCCGAGUUCGACGGCGGCGAGCGGUUCGACCUGCGCGGGCCGUACGCGGACGAGGGGUGGGUCGACCCUGACGACGAGGGCAUCUCGAACCCGUUCAAAGGGCUGUUCGGGGGUGGGAAGAAGAAGAAAGAAGAGGAGAAGCCGAAGCCGAAGCCGAAGAAGAAGGGCUUCUUCGGGCGGUGACGACGACGACGCGACUCUCGUCGCGGGCGUACCGUAACAACUUAUCCUAGUCGACGAUCUAUCUCGUAUCCACGCGCGCGCGCGCGACGAACCCAAAACAC